UCGCACACAUAUCGCAAAGCACAGGUCCCAUUCUCGACGCUGGCGCCGCCAUCAGAACCUUACCAACUCGACUCGUUCACCACACAGCACAGCAACUGUGUGUGUGCGUGUCCUGGGUGCCGCUGUCGUUCUGUUCUGCGUGUCCCGCGGCACGCCACCGGGUCCCGGACCAGGGGCCACUUCCUCCCAUUAGCUAGUGAUCGUUCGGCGAGUGCGCACCGCGUGCCGUGCUGCGCUGCGUCGUCGUAGUGAUCGUCGUCCGCUUUAGGACGCUAACACUGCAUCGGCAACAGAGAUCUCCGCCAGAGCAAAAGUGUUCCUCGGUCCGGGCGUUUAGCAACACUUUUUCUCGAAGCCCGAGUGAGAUGUGUCUGUGUGUUUGUGUGUGCCUGUGGAGUGAAUAGGCAGAUGGGGCAGCGGCCCGCAGUUAGUGGUUCUGAGUUGCCGUGUUCUGUGUGCGAGGAAGUGGCCCGAUUGUCCGCCAUGUAGGGCCCCAUGCCGCUAGGGCGUCAUCGCCCCUAAAGAUGUCGGCAUCUCAGCUAGCGCAACAUCUUUUCUUCAAUCAGCGAACCACCAGCAGCAGCAGCAGCAGAACCGCGAAAGAUGGUCGCCGGAAUCGAUCGUUUACAUUUUGUCUGAUUGCGAUACGGGCGCUGAGGCGCUGUGGCGCUGAGGAUGAUCCGUUCCGUCCGUUUUUGGUUUAACUGAGGCCAUGGAGGGGUGAAUCAGCUGGGUGGGGUGUUCGUAAACGGGCGCCCUCUGCCCGAUCUCGUCCGGCAACGCAUCGUCGAGCUGGCCCACAACGGUAUUCGGCCGUGCGACAUCUCGCGCCAGCUGCGCGUCAGCCAUGGCUGCGUUUCGAAGAUCCUGUCCAGGUACUACGAGACGGGCAGCUUCAAGGCCGGUGUGAUUGGCGGCUCGAAACCGAAGGUGGCCACACCACCGGUGGUCGAGGCGAUAGCGGCCUACAAGCUGCAGAACCCGACCAUGUUUGCCUGGGAGAUUCGGGAUAAGCUACUGGCGGACGGCAUCUGCGUGCACGAUAACGUGCCGAGCGUAUCCUCCAUUAACCGUAUCGUGCGAAACAAGGCGGCAGAGAAGGCCAAGUUCAGCUCACAGCGCUCCGACAACAGUGGGCUUGACAGUCCACGGAUCAUGUCGCGCAACAACCAGCAACAGCAGCAGAACCAACAGGACUGUCUCAAUCAGCAGAUGCAGGCGGAGCAGGAAGCAAUGAAGUCUCCACAACAGCAGCAGCAGCAGCAGCAGCAGCAGCAGGUAGAGAACGUUGCCUCACAAUCUUACAGCAUCAAUGGGCUGCUCGGUUUGUCACAAAAGUCGCUGUCCGGCUCGAGCUCGAAACGAAGGCGCAUCAAGGAAGAUCCGGAUAUGAAGGGCACGAUGAUUGGCUGCAUCAAGCGUGAUAAGGAGUCGAAGGAGCUGUCGGCGGACGGGAUGCUGCACGAUGGUGGCAUCAACAAGCAGGGUGCCCCUGGCCAAGAGCAGCAACAGCAGCAGCAGCAAGACAAGGGCCACGACAUGUUCGUCGGCGGGGUAGACUUUGUCAACUCGCUCGGAAUGGCACAGGAUGACAGUCCCGAUCACCAGCAGCAACAGCAAUCGAGCCCCUUCGGCAGUAUGCGCAGUGGGCGCGGUAGCUCGAUGCACAGUCCCAUUCGAUCGCGUGAGAACGCACUGUUUCUGCUAGCGGGUGGCGGUGGUGGUGGUGCUGGAGGUGGAGAAAAGUCCCACAAAUACCAUCGCACGGAUGAGCCCAUGCCGACCGGGGUCAUCGUCGAGGAUGAUAGUACGGCCCGGAAACACCAACAACAGCAACUCCAGCAUCAAGCAGCCACACACCAGCAGCAGCAGCAGCAGCAACAACCGAGUGACGUGAAGGCCGCGUACGAUAAGAUCAUUUCCGGCGAGCUGGUGGCAGGCGGUGGCACGGUUAAGCGCAAUACGGCGGCGACAGCGGCCGCAGAACCGGCCACCCUCACACAGUCGAUUGAGUUCCUGAGCGACAUGAACAACAACAUCGCCCAGAACCAGCACCAGAGCUUCGCGUCUGGCGCGUCGUCGGCUUACGAGGGUGCGUAUAGUGCAGCUGACACAGCGUCCGUUGAGGCGGCUGCCCAGGCCGUCCACCUGAACCCGCACCUAGCCGCCUGUUCGUCCAACUACUCGGCCUUCCUGCAAAACACGGACCAGUUCGCGGCGGCCGCCAACCCCGACCUCAUCUUCCCGUCCGCCGCCUACACGCAGUACACGACCGCUCCCGGUUACGGCUCGUUCAAUUACAACUCCUCAUUUGCAAACAACAACCUGUGCCGGGAUCUGGGCCAGAUACAUUACCCCGACGAGCAGUAGCAGACAUGUAGUCAGACACAAAUAAAACAACGACUUCAAACAUCUCCAUCACUACCAACACGUGUUCACGCGUUUACCGUGUGAACCAACCGUCUUCGCGACACGACGAUCAAUGCAAUGCCACCCACCAGCUCUCGGAUGUGCCGCGUUGGUCACUAGCUCUCUAAGUUCCCCCUUCCAUUACGUCAGUGUCAGUCUCCCACCCCCCACCCCUUCCUUAUAGGAUUUAAAUUAUUUCUCCUGUCCCUUCCGCCUCCCGACGCCUCACCCUUCCCGCCCGCACCACACCACUACCAACGCACUUUGUAGGCAGUUCAUUUCAAUGUUCCCUCCAUUCAUCAACCUGAAUCUACCUUUAUACUUUCGAGAGAAUAAUAAAUGAGAAAUGCUUC